CAGAAUACGGGUCGGAAAAGUGAUUUGCGUUCCACGCGUGUCUUCAAUGUCAACGUUUGUGUGUGUGUGUGUUAGAGAUGAAGCGGAGUUCAGUUCCUCACAGCGCUGUGUAAAUUGACACAGUCCACAGAGCGUGAGAGGGUGAUGAUGGCAUCGUGUGUCCAGAGCAGGGUUCUCCUUCUGUCUGUGCAGGUUUUGUCCAGAUCGUCCUCGGGGUCUCGUCAGUGUGUGCGGCGCGCCUUUUCCUCGUCCCCAUGUGUGUUCUCAGCGGGAGAGUGGAGGAGACCCUCAGCGGGCGGGUCCAGGGCAGAUCAGGUGUCUCACUCAUCAGGGAGAACGUGCAGGAACCUCUCGGCCGCCGCCACGGCAUUUCUAAAUCAGCUCCGCCCCCUGAGCCGUUACGACCCGCUGGACCUGGGUGAGGUGGAGGAAAACACGCGCAAGGCCCUCACCUGCAAACACCUGAGACGCUUCAUCAUCGACCCAGAGGUCGCCCGCGUGGUCACCGAGCACCUCACGUCCGACAUUGAUGAGGGCAAGGCCGUCAUAUUCGAGUGCAACCCAGGACCGGGUGUGUUAACCCGCACACUGCUGAACUGUGGAGCUCACAGACUGGUGGCGCUGGAGAGUGAUAAAUCCUUCCUGCCUGAGCUGGAGGAGUUGGAGAGUAAGUUGGACGGACAGUUGCAGGUGGUCCACUGUGAUUUCUUUAAGCUGGAUCCGAUCGGUCACGGCAGCAUGAAGCCUCCAGCCAUGUUCUCUGAGAAACUCUUCACCGAUCUGGGGAUCUCUGAGGUGCCGUGGACGGCAGACAUUCCGGUGAAGGUGGUGGGGAUUUUCUCUCAGAGGAAUGAGAGAAACAUGUUAUGGAAACUCCUCUACGCGCUGUAUGAGCGCCUGUCUGUGUUCCGCUACGGCCGAGUGGAGCUCAUCAUGUUCAUCAGUGAGAGAGAGUACACUAAACUGUCAGCGAGACCUGGAGAUUACAGAAACUAUCAGGCUCUGAGCGCGCUGUGGCAGAUCGCAUGUGAUAUCGAGCUUUUGCACCAGGAGCCAUGGUCUUCUUUUGUAACAACGUCGAAGCAUGGAGGCCCAGCGAUCCCUAAGAGCACUCAUGUGCCUAAUGAUCACCUGUGCUUGGUGAGGAUCACUCCUCGUGAAGAUUUGUUCUCGUCCAUCGUCACGCCAUUUAACAGUAGCACGUUGGUGAUGAUGGUCAAACAGUGUCUGACUAAACGCCGCUGCAGACUCAUCGACAAGCUCAAUUCCUGGAGCGCGGGCAGUGGCACAGAUCUUCUGAUGCAGAUGGGCCUCUUUGAGGACGUGAUGACGGGACAGAUUUCACCGAGCGAGUACAAACGCCUGUUCGAGCUGAUGGAAAAAUCAGAGGAGUUCACACAGAGCUGGCUUUAUGAUGAGAUCCUGGAGAACACCAAAAACACAGGCUGUGGAUAAAAACGACACAAUAACACACACAAGCACACACAUAUACUGUACACACACAGGAUUGGAGGCAUGAUUUUAUAGUGUGAUGUUGCAUCAUCAGCAGCAUAUUUUUUUUUUCACCACGUAUAAUUUUGGAGAAAUAGUUAAAUAAAUUAUAAUAGUGAUUAAUAUUAAAAUGAACUUUAUAAUUCUGUUUACCUUCAUAUGUCAAAGCACUGAACUUACUUAGGUGUAAAAUAAUGUUACUGUGAAAGAAUAUUCAGGAAAUAACCAAAUAUUUAUAGAAAACAAGGGAUUUUCUUUUAAAAGCAAACAUUUACAACUUGUAUAACUUAUAAUCAUUUAAUAUCACUUCCAAUAAAAAAAUAAUUUAGGUGUUUCCAAUUUAGCAUGAUGAAACCUGGCAAGGUUCAGACAUAUAUUCAUCUGAGCAGAUCAGAUUUAUGAUAUUUUAUGAAAAUCAAUUGUGUGCAUUUUAAAUGCCUCAUUAUUUCAGCACCUGAACUUCUAAGUUCUUCUAAGUAACUUCAAGUUCUAAAAAAUGUGUUUAUAUACAGUAUAUAAUGUGUUGUUUGGCUACCUUCAUAGCCGCAAGCAGUAUGAGACGACACUGAGUUUGUUUUAUAAGAAGGACUGUGUUUUCCCCCUUCAUCAUUAAUGUACAUAUAAGUUAUGUUAAUAUGAAUUUAUCAUAAAAAAGGAAAUAAAGA